UCCGCAUAGAGAAGCUCCCACGUGUUUCAUCCGCGUGUGGUUUGUUGCCGUUUAGCAGCUAGCUGAAAGCUUGCUUAUUCAGAUCUUUGUUUUUGUCAUCCUUUAUAUCAGUAAGAUGAGUCCUCUGUGUGGCUGCUGCGGCGAGUACAUUCAUAAACUGACCCAGCAGGUUUCUGUGAUGAGAAAAGAAAUCAAGAACCUGAGGCAGAUGUUGGACAGUGCAGUCAGAGCUCAUCGCAAACAUAUGACAUCCAUUCAGUCCGCUGUGUCAAAGAUGGCACUCCGUGAACCUGACCAUAAAAAAGACCAGCCACAACCACCGCCUUCACCAGCACCAUCACAGGCUGCAUUAGAGCAAGGAAACAUCCAGACAGUCCCGAUUGGUCACAUCAGUUCCUGUUUCUCUAUGAAGAAUGGGACGCCCAGACAGCCCACCAUCUGUGGCCCUUCAAGGGCAGAACUGCGCAUCCAGCAGAGUGUCUUCAAUAACCCUGAGCACGCUCUGAUGGGCCUGGAGCACUACUCCCACGUCUGGAUCAUCUUUCUCUUUCACAAAAACGGGCACCUGAGUUACAAAGCCAAAGUCAAGCCUCCUCGACUCGACGGUCAGAGAGUUGGUGUGUACGCGACACGCAGUCCGCACCGACCAAAUGCCUUGGGCUUAACUCUAGCUAAACUUGAUAAAAUUAUAGGUGAUACGCUACAUCUGUCAGACAUUGACAUGAUUUCUGGCACCCCAGUCCUGGACAUCAAACCUUACAUCCCAGAGUACGACUCCCCCCACGCCAGGAUGGGCAUGGACUCGGAGCCUUGUGAUUUAAACACAGACCAACCACAGGCAACUACUUUGUCGCUAAAUGACAGAACAGAUAUAUUAAACAUUCAUAAAACCUCAGAAACAGAUGAUCAGUCAGGUGACGUGGGGAGUCUUCUCUCAAGAGACAUUUUUGAAGCUGGUGUUCCAGUCACAGAUUCACCUAUAGUCAGUGCUCAGUCUUCCCACUUUACAAACCUACACAAUGUGCUGGAGGAGGUUAAGGCCUGUGUGACGCAAGGUGACCUUUGCCAGCUAAGCUGUGAAAGAGAGGAUCAACUUUCAGACUCUCCCAAAACCAAACCACCAGAGUCGACAGUGGACCACCCUUGCUAUGGAGAGGAAGCUUAUAGCACCAUUGCUGGCUGGAUCAGAGAGCCUGCUGUUGGCGGUCUGGAGGUACGCUUCACCGUUCAUGCUAAGAGGGAGUUAGCAGAAUUCCUUCCCACACACCUGUCAGGACCAUCUGAAAGUGACAGACCCAGGUUCAAGUUUCUGCGCAGUCCAGAGGAGGCUGCUGCCGCCAUCAGAGGAGUGCUGUCAGCAGACCCAAGGUCAGUCUACAGGAGGACACGUUGCAGAGACAGACUCUUCUUCUUUACCCUGGACACAGCUGACAUCACCUGCUGGUUUGGACGAGGCUUUGCUGAGGUGCUGCAGGUCCGUCCUGUCGAGCAACACACUGCCUCAAUGUGAGACACGCCUUUCAGUGAAAGCUUCGAAGCUACAAAGACUUUUCAUGUGCGUAGAGAAGCAAAAACAGAGUGGGUCAAGUGUUCCUCAUCUUAACGUUUCUAGAUAAUUUAUUCACUGACAAAUGUGUAUCUCAAUGGUAAUAUUGAUUAUUCAUACUUUCUUUAAGUACUAAGUAAGUAAAUUAAAUAAAAGAUUAUUUUCAA